AUGAGUUCGGAAUUGCCGGUGUCGACAUCGGUGCAAAAGCCUAAACAACAGUCGUCGCCAUUUCUUUUCUGUAUUUUAAUUUUUUUUGCUCUAGUGCUUGUUGGAUUUAUUAUUGCCUUCAUAUUAAUUGCUGUUAACCAAGGAACGAAGCCAUCGCAGACGAACGUUCCAUCUAAGCCAAUUUUUCAGAAACGACCUGCUGAAGCUAACGAGGCUGUCAGGUUAAGAUUACCAACUAGUAAUGAAAAAACUGUUCAUAAGUCACCUGAUGAAUUCUCGUCAUCUCAUAACGGAAAUGCCGUUCAAUAUGCUGCUACAGAACAACUACAGGAUGCCACUUUUCCAAUUAAAACUAGUACUGCGGCAACGUUAGAUAAAGAAAUUUCCACAAAUCCAGCGUUAUUCGCAAGGAAAGCUGUUAAAAACGAAAAACAGCAGUUUUCUUCAGCUGAAAAUUCUUUGAUGACUUCCGCCAUAGAUGUAGAUGACAAUUCGAAUGACGAUAAAGCACGUUCUUCUUCAACAACUGCAGCUGUUACUGCUGUCGAUGCAGCAUCUGGAGUUUCAGCACCCUCUUCAUACAACAGUAACAGUAAUGUACGUCCUAUUCCUGUUUUUACUGGAGGAAGGACUCCUGAAAAAACUACAGUCAGGCUUUACGAAAAGUCAAACGAUGAAAAAGGCAGCACUGCCAUUGAACCAGAUCUAAAGGUUAGAUUGCCAAUGCUGGUGCCAAAAAAUGCUGGUAUGAAGGGUUUUUUGUCAGAUGUGGAUAAUUCAGCAACUGCUUCUGAGGAUUCAGUAGAGGAGGAUAUCUUGGAGCAUUCUUAUGAAAGUGGUUCUUCACCUGAUUACAAGGAGAAAGUUAAUUCUUUUGGAAUACAGAGGAAGAGUGAAGCACUGCAACGAGUUUCUACAAGUAGCUUCUUGACGGCCACAGCUGAAUACGGUGCCAAAGGUGGCAGUAACGUACCUUCUUCUGAGAAUACUGCAUUUGUAACGCCAGAAACUGUAAUGUCAUAUUUUGAGUUCAAAAAGUUUCUUAAUUCAGUCGCUGCGUCAACUAAGUCACCAAAAGCAGAAUUUAUACCUUCUAAUACUACUGCCGUCGCACCUAGUGGAGAAAAUUUAGAAAAGCAUAACAGUUUUGGAAUUCCUGUAAAUUCAAAUUUGGCUACUUCACAGCAGGUUUGUAUUCCAUUUUUUCAUUAA